GUCGUUCGUCUCCUAGCAACCACUUGUCACGCUAGAAGGGAAGACAAGAGAUCUAGAAAGUGGUGCUGCACUUUAAUGGAGAGUAUUCCUUCAUAGGGGGGCGAUUAUUAGUUGGAUUCCGGUAAAGGAUAAAGACUCAAUCUGUCACCAUCAGGCUCAGCCAUGGUAAUAAAUGAUCAGCUCGGUACUAAGACCAGCAAUGUGACCGCCCCGCCCCCAUCUAUGAGAUGGAAUCCACACUCCACUUCUCCUGCUAUGUCCGGAUACUGCCUGAACCCACUCCGGGAUGACGUGCCUUUGCUCGAUCCGUGCUCGGGCUUUAUGAGUGCUGGAGCGGAUGCCGAUCUAAGACCCGGGACCGGGAAAAGCAUCCCAUGUCUGGCCGACCAGAGCGAUGUGAAGCCCGGCAACAGCGACCCCUGGGAGCGCACUGCCCACUGGCAGAGCAAUAGGUGUAAAACAGCGCCACCUAGAGGAGCGAUCAGCAAUCCGACACAACACCAGCUCUGUGUCCCCAGACAGAGAUCCAUGGAGGGUGACUACAGAGAUUUCAUCCACAAGGAGCGCACGGCAUGGAAUUCUGUAGUCAGAUCAGAUACUGCCCUCAGGGCACAUCUGGGAGGUUGGACUAGUAAUAUGAAAGUAACCCCUCAAGUGACAAACGGACAUGGCAGUUCCAUAUUGCCAAAGUUUGUUCUUCAGCAUUCAGAAGCUAAUUGCUCAAGAGAUGCCUUGGUCCACAAACGUAUGUACACUUCAUCUACACAAAGAUCUUAUGAAGCUGUUCCAUGGGACGUUAAGCUGCCACCAAAGCUACAGCCUCCUGAGUCUACAUUAGAAAAAAUGCCAGAUCCAAUCUCACAGCAUUUCACCCUGAAAAGAUAUGAACCUGAACCGGAAAUAUGGCAAGUGACAGGUGGAAUGUGGGACAGAUUUCAAACAAGGGUGUUUCAUGGUCAAAAAAAACCUCUGACAUUUAUAUCUCCUUAUCCUCGUAUGGAUCAUAUCCCAGGUUAUUGUGGUUUUACUGGAUCUGUGAAUACCGAAGACAUUGACAAUCCCCGGGAAGUCUUCACACCUUUUACUAAAAUUCGAACAUUGCAGCCUCGAUAUACAGAAACAGCACACACUCCAAACAUUCCUGGAUACACUGGCAGGGUUCAUUGGAUAGCUAUCCACCCAGCAAAUUCUAAUCUUCCAUCUCCCCCUUCAUAUGCAGACAAAAAAAUGAAUGGAUCUCUUAUUGGAAGUAGAAGUGGUUCUGCAUAUAAACACCAGGGACCUCUUUCCAAAAUGGUCACUACAGUUUCACCAUGCAAUCCUUACAAUAAAGUGGAAAAAGAAAUGCUCUCUUAAAAAAAAAAACUGAUCAUUUAUAUUGGUAGAACAUGAAUUAAAAAAACAAA